AUGCUUCUCCGUCCCUUCCUGCUCCGCCGCACCCUUCACACCACCACACGCCUCUCCUCAACAACGACAACCGCCCGCCUUCCCCUUCCCUUUUCGAUCCGUACUUACCCUGUCCUCCUUACCUCCGCCGCCCUAGGCUUCUCGCUGCCAUUCUUCGCACCUCGAUCCUCAGCACUUCUCGAUACAGCCUUCAGCACAUCCUCUGCUCCCUACACCUACUCGCGAGACGCGAAGACCCCACUCGCCAAGGACUCGAGAAGCCUGAACCCGGCAGCUGUGAAACAGAUCUCGCUGGGAAGUAUACUGGGGCUUGGGGCUGGGGUGCUGGUCAGUGCAUUCAGUAGGACGUUGACAUUGCUGCUUGGGGUGGGGAUUGUGAUUGUUCAGUAUGCAGCACGGAGCGGUUACAACAUAAUACCGGUGGAGAGGAUGCAGAGAUACGUCAAAGGUAUCAAUCUGAGGAGAGCAAUAUUGGAUAAUGCAGCAUUCAAGCUUAGUUUCGGCUUGACGUUUGCGCUGGCUGCUUUUGGGGAAUUUUAA